AUGUCACUCUAUCCGAUCGGUCACUGCGUCCGUCCACCUACUACGUGCCAUUUAAUUUCUAAUUUGUGCAGUGACGCAAUUGAGAAUGCGAUCAUGCUGUUUUACAUCAGUGCGUCGUGGUACCACAACGCCAUGCUGCUUAGCGAUGUAGUGGACCAGGCCAUCGGCGUGGUCAUCAGCUUGGCCUACUUCGAGGGCCUGGACCACGUAAUCGCUGUUUGCCUGAACAUGUUUUGA